ACAUUAUAAUCUUACGUUCGUACCAUGGAUACAGAUGGUGGGAUUAGGGGUAGUGGUGUUUUGUCACACUGGAUGGAUUGUAAACUGUGGAAGUUGACACACAAAUAAUUGUGGUCUGUAUAAAUCUGUGAUGUCCUAAACGUCAAAACUCUACAAGAGAUACAACAAUGGCAGGGUUCAAGCAUCUUCUUAUCGUUAAGUUUAAGGCCGAUUGUCCGGUCGAUGACAUACUCAAUGGAAUGGAGAAGCUGGUUUCGGAGAUCGACGCCGUCAAAUCGUUCGAAUGGGGACAAGACAUUGAGAGUGAAGAGAUGCUUAGACAAGGGUUUACACAUGCCUUCUUGAUGAGUUUCCACAGCAAAGAGGAUUAUACAGCGUUUGUCGGGCAUCCAAGUCAUGUUGAAUUCUCUGCAACGUUUUCUGGUGCCAUUGACAAGAUUGUGCUGCUUGAUUUCCCUUGUGUUUUUGCAAAGGCUUCGGCUUGAUGAUUUUCGACAAUGCAUAGACUGGCUUCUGUUGUUUGUUAUGUCCUUAUCUCUUGUACUUGUGCAUCUAUGUGUUAUGGUUUGUAAUUGCUGUUAAUUUCUGAAC